AUGGAAAAACUCCAUUCAAUUCUCAAUGGUCACCUCGGUUCGAGAUUUUCUCCUUCUUGUUGUUCAAUUUGUUCAUCAUCAAUGGAAAAGGGAAAUGGUCAAGCCAUAUUCACUGUUGAAUGUUCCCAUUCUUUUCACUUCAAUUGUAUUAUUACUUCUUAUCUGAAAGGCCAAGGAAACCACCAAGUUUGCCCUGUUUGGAAUGUGAAAUGGACUGAGAUUCCCCUGCAAUAUGGCUUCAAUGAUGAUGAAUCUUUGGAUGCUCAAACUCAAUCGAAACAGAGUUUUUCAGAGAAUGAACCCAGUACCAUGAAGUUGAAAACUUACAAAGAAUUUCUGGCUAUUUCGCACAGCAUGCAAGGUUCCAAGAUUGCAUUAUUGAAGCCGGCUAUGGGGUUUCUGAUACAGAACCUUGGUCCUAAUGACAGGCUUCCAGUUAUCGCCUUUUCUGACACCGCCCGGCGCCUGUUUCCCCUAUCUAGAAUGUAUGAAUCAGGAAAACAGCAGGCAUUGCAAUCUGUUAAUCUCUUAGAGGCAGAUGGAACAACCAACAUAGCUGAUGGCCUGAGUAUGGGCGCCAAAGUGUUGGAAGACAGCAGAUACAAGAAUACUUGCAUUGGUGGCCUUCUGCGUGUCGUGGUGAAGGAGCUUCAGGUGAAUAUAGAGUGUGUUGAUGCCAGGGUCAGUCUUAGGGAUGAAACUGCAUUGUUGAAGGUGAAAUGUGAUUACAUUGAUCCUUUGACCAAGGAAAUGGUGACUGUGAGAAGUGAAGAAGUUAGGAUUCGAAGACCUAAAGAAGUUGGGCAUCAAGAUGUAUCUGUUGAGGUUGAUAGGCAACAGAGAAGGCUCGAAGCCGUGGAGGCAACGGCGCUCGAUUUUAAGAUUAUAUAG